GCGGGCAAGCUAUGCUAUCAAUACGUAUGGAAAAACCAUCCAUACCUAAAGUAGAUUCAAGCAAUCAACAUUGUCGUCUCAGUCCGCGGUAUUCUCCAUCAGCGGAAAUUGAGAAAGUAUUAUAAAUAAAUCCAAAUAAACCAACUCAACUAGCGGAAUGGCUCAGAAAAUGUUCCACAAUAUACUACUGAUAGCGACUGUGCUUCUAAUCACCCUGAACGAUGGAGUAGAGGCGCGACCCUCGCCAGAGCAGAGACAAACAAAAAUGCUCGUGGAUCCCAGUGAAUACAAUGGGGAUUUGUCGGUAGAGACCAUCAUGAAGGUGCAGCAGUGCGAGAUGGAUACCGCCACCAUGGAGCUGUGCAUGCGCUGUGCCAAGGUCACCAAGUCAGAGAUCAUAUAUCCGAUGUGCUGCAGCAACGACGAUGACAUCAAGAACUGGUGUCACUCCUAUGUGUAUUACGGCAACGAUGAGGGCUACUAAGUAGGAGAAGAUGCGGCGUGAAUCGAAUGAACAAAUCUGACAAUUAAAUUAAUUUGUACUCCCGCAUGUAUUGGCUGUGAUAAUCUAAUGUAUUUAAAUUAAAUUAUAUUUAUCUAGGAAUAAACAAGACAAGGCUAAAUUAGCACAUUCAA